CACCGCGCCAAACAACCUCAGUUUCCGAAACUGCGGAAGGAAACGGGCGUCAACAAGAAGGAAACGAGGAAAUGACGAUUCUUCCGAAGAAGUACCACUGAAUAGAUAUAUUUUCGGUGGAAACAUUUCUCAGACAGGCCACCAUCCUUGGCACGCUUACAUUGAGAAUGAGGUGACUGGAGCAGCCUGUGGCGGGACAUUGAUUUCGCCGACUGUAGUUUUGACUGCUGCUCAUUGCAUUUAUGGAUCAGAAGCAGAAGACUUCAUAGUUGCUCUUGGGAUGUAUGAUAAAAGACAAAGAAGAGCCCCUGGUGUUAAGAGAAGAAAGGUUUCGCCUUCCAUAUAAAUUAUUUUGAUCCAAUUAUAAUUAUUUUGAAAACAUUUUAGCUUAGCAGUCUGAUCGUACACCCGCAAUAUGAUCCUGAGGAAUCCAUGAGUGACGUCGGACUCAUGAUUUUGAGCAAAAAAGUCGAGAUAUCCGACAAUGUCCGACCGAUUUGCUUGUGGAACGACGACUCUGACUCAAACUUGGCUCGGGUGGCUGGAACCAAAGCUAUGGCGGUUGGGUUCGGGCUUGCUGACAACUACACGCUGCCAGAUGAGCUGCAAGAGGUUCGACUGCCGAUUUUAGCUCACAAAGAGUGCUACUUGUCGAAAAAGAGGUUUUUCGGGAAAUAUUUGCUGCCGGGAGACAACUUUUGCGCUGGCUAUACGAACGGAACGACCACCUGUAACGGGGACAGCGGAGGCAGCCUUUCCAUCGAAAAAGACGGCCGUUGGUUCAUCCGGGGCAUCGUCAGCUCUGGAAUGUCGAAAAAGGUGAUGUUUGAGGGCGAAGAGAGAUUGUUGUGUCACCCAAAUCAAUAUUCCUUGUUCGCUGACGUCGCAGGUUACGUGGACUGGAUCGUGGAAAAUACGCCGGAAAUUUCAUUCCGAAAUUAAAUGUGGGUUUUGAAAAAAGUUUGGCAAAAGGAUUUAUGGUUAUUCAGUUAAAAAAUGUAGAUUGUUUGCAUAAUCUCUA